CGUCUUAGUCACACUUCAGACAGUUAGUGGCCACCGGUGGCCGGAACCCAUUCCCAGUUUAGGUCGGAAGCUCGUCGCGAACGGUUACACGUGGAAAGUGAGGGUGGAAAUUUGAGACACGAUUCGAAUGAUCGGUUGAUGCAGCGUGGGAACUUUUUUUUCCUGGAGGAAUAUUGGAUUGUGAAGAUUGCAAGUGAUGAUGAUAUAUGAUUCAUUAUUGUUAUUGGAGUGAAGAAGAUAUCAAAAGUUGUUUGAUGAAAAGUGAAAAGUGUAAAAAUUAAGUCUGGGCUUCUGUUUUUGAAAGUGAAUUAUUUAGGAAAACAAAAGUGAUCACUUUGAUACCAUAGAAAACAAGUGUUGGUUUUCGAGAGAGGUAAUUUCGGAAAUGUGACAACGGAUGAACAAUUUUUCUAGCUCUAUUGGGAGGUUAACUUUCUCACUUGAUGAGAUUCCAGACACGAGUUGUUUGCAAAUUUAGAGGUGUUAAUUUUAGUUUACGUUGAGAAUGGAUUUAUUUUGAGUGUAAAAAUCGGGUUCGUAUUUCACCGAGACGUAUUGGUGCUCAUAGCGGAAAUAGUGUGAUAGGAAAACUUUGAACCGAAGGGGAAGUCGUUAUAAUAUUCGUGUAAUCAUUCGUGAUACUCAUACGUUUAUUUUUAACGGAAAGUGAAAUCGGCGUAAGAAGAAAAACACUCCGUUGAAAACCCUCCCAAAGUAAUACUGCACCUAUGUGGGUACUGCUAAAAGUGAUAUAGUGAAACCAUUCAUCCCGAGCUGUGGAGAAACUGCCAAAAUGUUACAAAAUAUGAAAUGACCCUCAUCGAAUUUGCAUAAUUUUGGAUACAAUAUAUUCAGUGAGAGUGUACGUCUGCAAACCGAAAAGUACUGGUGCAUGUGAUAAGGUGUUUUUCGUCGUCCAAAAACUAACAGCAAGUGUCAUAAAAGCAUUUUUUUCGGUUACGACAUGGCUGCGUUUGCAGCAAAACUGGCCCUUCUAAGGGUGGCAUUGUGUGUGAUAGCGAUUUCAAGCGUGGUAUUUGGCGAAGCUGAGCCUCAACUGAAUUUGCCUCCGUAUGGCGGAGCGGUGACUCCCACCGGUAGACCACAGAUCUUGCCGAAUAGUUAUACCGGUGGUCCAGGGGGACAGCAGCAGCAAGGUGAUUCGCGAAAGGAAGGUAACAAUUAUGAUCAGAGCCGCAGUGAGCGGUUUGGUCCACCGUAUGAGGAUGGGGAUGACGACGAGGAGAAUUAUCCUCAGGGAAGGAGCAACGACGAUCGACAGGAUCGGCAGAAUAGGCCAUUCUCCUACGACGAUCGAAACCAGUAUCGCAACGACGACGAUUACGACUACCGGAACCGGAAUCGCAAUCCGUACGAUCGCGAUCGCAACCGGUACGUGUCCGACGUGGACAAUCCGGACCUCUACCAAAACCGUCAACCGUACAACCCCAACCAAGGUGACCGUUUCCGCAACCCGGACGGCCGCUACAAUCCAAACCAGCGGCCUUACGUCAGCGAUGUGGACAAUCCAGAUCUGUACCAAGAUCGUAAUCCACCUCCGUACAGUCGAAAUCCGAACGACGAUCGCUUUGAUCCAAAUCGGAGGCCCCAGUUCGGACCUCCCAACGAACGGGACUUCGAGAGGGGACGCCCGCGGGACUCAUUUUUCCAAGGGCCGUUUCGCAGCCCAGAAGAGGAGAGGCGCUUCCAAGCGGAAACGGAAAAAUUACGAUCGUUUUUGACGGAAAUUGAUCGCAAGAGUUCGCUCGAGUGCUCGCUGAAUGUGGGCGCCCAGUGGAACUUUGAGACGAACGUCAACGAGGCGACACAGGUGGAAGCGAUCGCUGCCCAACAGCGUUACAACGACUUCCAGCGGCUGCUAUGGGUUCAGAUGAGCCGUAUCGACCAAUCCAAGAUAUUCGACGAUAAGCUGUACCGCCAAGUCCGGUUGAUGUCUAUCAUUGGACCGAGUGCCCUGCCACCGGAUCAACUCGAUAGGUACAACCGGAUCGUCAACGACAUGCUGGCGAUCUUCAACGGUGCCGACAUUUGUGCCUUCGAGCGGCCAUUCGAGUGCGGUUUGCGGCUUCAGCCCCACUUGAAAGAGAUUAUGGCCAAGAGCAGGGAUUGGAAUGAGCUGCAGUACACGUGGUUGGAAUGGCGUCGCAAAUCUGGAAGGCAUAUGCGAGAAUUAUUUGAACAGCUAGUGGAUCUGACUAAUGAUGCGGGACGGGUUAAUAAUUUCACAAACGCUGCUGCUUACUGGCAGUUUCCGUACGAGUCCCGCAACUUCCGCGAAGAAAUGGAACAAGUCUGGAACGAAAUUCUUCCACUAUAUGAAAUGAUCCACGCCUACGUCCGACGAAAGCUUCGUGAAUUCUACGGUCCGGACAAAAUCAACAGAAAUGCUCCCCUCCCUGAUCACAUCCUCGGUGACAUGUACGGUCAAAGUUGGAACAAUAUCCUGGACAUCGUCAUUCCCUACCCUGGACGUAGCUUUUUGGAAGUCACUCCGGAGAUGAUCAAACAAGGCUACAAUCCGUUGGUGAUGUUCCAAAUCGCGGAGGAGUUUUUCGUAUCGAUGAACAUGAGUGCCCUUCCGCCAGACUUUUGGCUGACGUCAAUCUUUACUCAACCACCAGAUAGGCCAGUUCUGUGUCAACCUUCCGCGUGGGAUUUCUGCAAUGGUAAAGAUUACCGCAUCAAGAUGUGCACUUCGGUGACUCACAAGGACUUCAUCACCGUGCAUCACGAACUUGCUCACGUGCAGUACUUCCUCAACUACCGCAACAAUCCCAAAGUUUUCCGUGACGGUGCCAAUCCAGGUUUCCACGAAGCAAUCGGCGAUGCGGUAACUCUGUCGGUUGCCUCACCGAAGCACUUGCAGAACCUGGGCCUGGUGCAGAAAAAUGUGGACGACACGGCGCAUGACAUAAAUUUCCUGUUUUCGUUGGCACUGGAAAAAGUGGUUUUCCUACCGUUUGCCCUUGCCCUUGAGGCCUGGCGGUACGACAUCUUCGACAAGCGGGUCCGGAAGGAGCAGUACAACUGCCACUGGUGGCUGCUGAGGGAACAAUUUGGAGGUGUGAAACCGUCGGUACUUAGAUCCGAACUUGACUUUGACCCCGGAGCGAAGUACCACGUGGCGGCGAACAUCCCCUAUGUCAAGUACUUCUUCUCCAACGUGCUGCAGUUCCAGAUUCAUCGGGCAAUGUGUACGGCUUCACGGCAGUACGACCCGCUGGAUCCGAACAAACCCCUGCACAAGUGCGACAUCUAUCGGCAACCGGCAGCUGGAAAUAUUCUGAAGCAAUUGAUGGAACGAGGUGCAUCUCAACCGUGGCAGCAGGUUCUUCAGGAGGUAAUUGGCGAAGGCCGGCUCGAUGGCACAGCACUACGGGAGUACUUCAGACCGCUGGAGGAGUGGCUGCGGAAUGAGAAUCUCCGUACGAAUGAAUAUGUUGGUUGGAUCUACGAUGGGGACUACUGCAAGCAUAGUAUCGAAACGGCCAACCUGCAGGUGUACGGAGGGUUCUACAACGGGGGAGUUCAGUUGCAGCUCAGUGUUUCGCUGGUCGUUGGAUUGUAUCUCUUUGUCCAGGCACAUGUACACCAGCUGAGGCUCGUUUAGUUGAGUGUAUGGUAACUUGGAAUGACGGCAUUUUACUAGCUCAGUAGAUAUUAAGCCAGUACUUCUAGAGUAAGCUGUUGGUCGUGAAUUCCGUUAAACUUGUAAGAUAAUGUCAAUUUCAAAGUAGUGUCAUUUAAAUAAUUUUGAAGCCUGGAAAGUUGUAAAGUAGAGACGUAAAAACCCCUCUUUAAAAAAAGAAAUUGAAUCAUGAAAAGUUAAACAAAAUAAAAACGUUAUAAACACAUAUGGUAAAAGUGCCAAAUAUUUUGAGAAUCGUGAUGAAGCAAAAAUAAUGGAUAAAAUAAAACAUUGAAGAGCACAAUCAAAGA